AUGGGCUACUCCAAUAGGAUCUCCAACGAUGAGGCAGAGCAGGAGGGGCCUGUACCGCAACAACGACAGGAGGAAGAGAACGAACAGCAGCAGCAAGAGCAGCAGCACUUGCAGCAGCAGCAGCAGCAGCAGCAGCAGCACUCGCAAGAGCAGGAGCAGGAGCCGGCCCGGAGGAAGCCUGCGAAGCUACAUCCGAUGGAAAUACAAGAGCAGGGCUCUAUCUCUGCAAGCAACGUCAGCGUGCGUGAUGGAAGACUCGCCUCUGAGACGAGCGUCACCCUCCUUUCCCAUCGCCCUCCCCUCCACAUCACCAGCAACUGGCGCCGCAACAGGGCGCAAGUGGACAAGACCAUGCGAAACGUGCGAAGAGGAGCGGCACUGUGCGGGCUGAUGGGAUGCGGUUUUGCCGUGGCCUGCGACGAGCUGAUCCUGUACGGGGUAGACGCGCAUGCUGCUGCUUGCAACCUGCUGAAGGCUGCCAACACGAUCGCGACGUGCGCGGCUCUGAGUUUCCUCGUCUACUUCUACUUGCUCAACGGGCUGCUGCAGCGAGUUAACCUGCACCUGCGCCACCUGAAAGCACUGGAUACCGACUUCUCUCUCAGCUCGGUAGCUCUUUCUUCCUCCUUCUGGGCAGAGCUGGUGGUGUGCGGACUUCACCUCCCUCCCAUGACCACGUUCGAGCUCGGAGUGUGGAAUUGGAACAACUUCAUCCUCUACCGAGGAGAGACGAUCCUUGCAGUUAUCAACACCUUCCGGUUGUACCUGCUGUGGCCCGUGCUCAAGGACCAGGUGCUGCAGAGCCUCCCCAAGAGACACACCAUCUCCUCUUUCACCAAUAUCCCCAUGGGCUCCUCCUUCGUCGUCAAGAAAGUCAUCCGCAGCAAGUUCUCCCUCCUCUUCAUCACCAUCUUGUGGCUCAUCAGCGUCUUUCUCUUCGCCUUCUGCAUCUUGACUGCAACAGGCCAGAGGCAUCGACCUGGGAGAUCAACUUCAGAGGCAAGGAGAAAGCACGAGUUUCUCCUGCUCCUUGCUGAGUUUGUUCCUGCAGAGUUUGAGAAGAAGAACGAUCUGUGGUAUCAGAACGCGGUGUGGGCGAUGUUUGUGACGAGCACGACGAUAGGUUACGGUGAUAUUCUCUGUACAACCCACAUGAGUCGAUUCGUCGCGAUCCUCACGGCGGGGACCGGUCUCAUCCUGGUUUCACUCAUGACGGCGGCGUUUCAGAACGCGCUGCAGUGGACGGAGGAGGAGAUAGCGGCGAACCUUGUGGCAGACAGAGAGAUCGCGCGACUGAAGGCCAGGGAGCAUGCGGCUCGACUUGUGCAGAUUAAGUGGAAGGGGCUGAGGGGAGACCGGGGGAGGGCGGAGCAGCGAGCAGCGAGCUUGCGCGCGGCGUUCAUGAAGCAGAAGAAGAGGACGGAGGUGGACCUCGACGACUGUCUGGCUGACUCGGUGAAGGUAGAUCAGAUCUCCUCGUCUUCCAAGAAGAUUCACGGGGCUCUGCUGGAUAUUCUCAAGAAGACCACCCCUGAGGUCGAACAUUUGUCCCAUCCCCGCAAACUCUUCCGGCGCAACAGCAACCUCAGCCAGUUCGUGCAGGGGGCGCGGCAACGGAACGAGCAGAGGAAGAGGAGGUCGAGCUUGGGGCAGGAGGAAGGCAUGGGAGGGUCCAUGAAGCUGAAGAGGAAGCAAGCGAGAGAGCAGAGGAGAAAGACGUUCAACAACAUCCUCUCGUCGCAGCUGAAAGUCCUCGCAGAGCAGAAGCGAUCAGACUUUGACGCGAACCUCGAGCACUCGAUAACGAUGAUGGAGACGAAGACAGAGGGCGCGAGGGCCUCGUUCCUCCGAGUGCUCUCCUUCAAGCCCGAUCCCAACAAGAUUAGGGACUGGACCAGCUGCAGGAAGGAGGUUGAGACCAGGCAGCUCCUGCUCAGGAUCCUCUCGUGCGUCACCAGCCUUGUCGGGCUGCUCGCUGCGGUGCUGACGAACGAGCUGGUGCUGGGAGGAACGUCUCCUCGCGCCCCUGCCAUCAACGCGCUCAAGUGGCUGAACUCGAUCGCGACCGUCGCAUGCUGCAUCUUCCUCUACUCCUCCUACGUCUUCCUCAUCCGAGCCAAGCGCAUCGACCGUCACGUGCAGCUGGGGAAGAAGCUUGACCUCCGCGUCCCCUUCCGCUCCGUCGCGAGGAGGAAGGGACUGUGGGUUGAGCUGCUCGUGUGUCUCCCGCAUGCACCUCCUCACGUGGCGGUGGAACUGGAGCUGGUGUGGAUGGGGAACGUGGUGGUGUAUGCGGGAGAGACGGUCGGGUGCGUGUGGAACGCGCUGAGGAUGUACUUGACGUGGUCGCUGGUGAUGUUCCUCGUCCUGCGGGAGAUCCCGAUGAGGAGCGUGAUCUCCCACCACACGCGCGUCUCCUUUGACGCUCUCUUCUGCCUCAAGCGCCUGCUCAACCGCUGGACCGGCUUCAACGUCAUCCUCAUCGCCUGGUUCGUCAUGAUGAUCAUCUUCGGCUACCUGUACCGCUCUGUCGAGUUCUCCUUCUGCCUCCUCCCCUCCGCCACCAGCGCCGCCUGCCAGCAGCCGCAGGCGACGGAAUGGGAGGUGGCAGGAAGCAAGUUCGGCAAGCAGAACGACGUCUGGCUGACCAACAGCUUCUGGUUUAUCUUCGUCACUAUGACCACCGUCGGCUAUGGGGAGCAGGUCCCUACGACCAUCCUGGGGCGUCUCAUCGCCUUGUUGGCUGCCACCUUCGGCAUCCUCUGCGCGUCGCUGACUACAGCAGCCCUCGGCAACCUGAUCCUCUUCACUCCUGCUGAGUUCUCCGCCAUCGCCAUCAUGGAGAGAGAGAAAGCGCGAGAAGACCUUCGAGUCAUCGCCGCAAACAUGAUUCGCGCAUGGUGGCUGCGACAAAAGGGGAGGAACAAGGAGGAGGAGGAGGAGGAGGAGGUGACAUGCGCUGCGUGGGAGAGGGAGGCUGACGUUGAGUGA